AUGGAUCAAGAAACUCAGAAACCUAUUUUGAUGAACAUUUAUUAGUAAACAUUUUAAGUUUAACUCUAGAAGGGCCAAUCAAAUUGGCAAUCAAUUAAAAUCAUAGAAUUUUAGUUCUCUAAAAUAUCUUUUCAAAGAACUAUAAAAAUCAAAAAAAACUCCAAGUACAUCUUAACAUACUACUGCGAGUAAAAGAAAUUAACAAUCAAAAUAGUUCAAACUCCUCAAACUAGUUAUCGUUCUAGGCUAUAAUUAGUAGAAAAAAAUGAAUGGAUCAAUUUAAUUAAUCAAAAAUCGCAGUAAAAUCUUCAAUCUGAUCAAAUUGCAAUGACCGAAUAUCGAACUAGAGUUUAAAUCGAUUCUUUUUUCUAAAAUGACUGGAAAUAGCCGUAUUAUAAACCAGAAAAAAUAUAAUAAUUAAACUUAGAAGUAAAUUAAUAUUAGCCUACCAAUGAUAUUGAUUCAUGGAAACAAACUGUAUAUUAGAGAUUAUAUCAGAAGAUAUCAUGA